GACGGCGACGACGAGAUGUCCCCCGACGCCGACGCCGGGGAGCCGGCGGCCGCGGCCGCGGCGGCGGGGGGCGGGGUGGCGGCGCGCGGGGUGAUCCGCUGGGACGAGAUCCUGCCGCGCCGCUCGCUCCGGGUGCUCCUCGUCGAGCACGACGACUCCACCCGCCAGGUCGUCACCGCGCUCCUCCGCAAGUGCGGGUACCGCGUGGCGGCGGUGGCGGACGGGAUGAAGGCGUGGGAGGUCAUGCGGGGCCGCGCGUACGCCUUCGACCUCGUGCUCACGGAGGUCAACAUGCCCACGCUCUCCGGAAUCGACCUGCUCUCCAGGAUCGUCGCCGCAGACGAGUGCAAGAACAUCCCCGUUAUAAUGAUGUCGUCCCAAGAUUCCAUUGGCACGGUGCUAAAGUGCAUGCAGAAUGGUGCAGUGGACUUCCUCGUGAAACCAGUGAGGAAGAAUGAGUUGCGUAACUUAUGGCAACAUGUGUGGAGGCGCCACUCUAUGAAUAGCCAACUAAAUGCAUCAGAAAACAAUGCAGCCAGCAACCAUAUAAGUGUGAAUUCUGGUACCGGGUCAAAGACAGGAGAAAACAGUGAUGAGGAAAGUGAUGCUCAGAGUUCUGGAAGCAAAAGGGAGACUGAAAUUCAGAGUGUUGAGAAAUUACCGGAGACUGUAACACAUAAUGUGGCAAGCUCACCCAGAGAACUAAAAGUACAAAAUGGGCCUUUUGAUAGAAUGAACACAAAGGCACCUGCAUUAAAGGGAACCGAUGAUGCUCCAAGUGGAAAUGCAUGUGGCGCCAGUAAGCCACAAGUGUUUUCAGCUGAGAAGAAUGUGCGUUCGAAGUAUCUUCAUGGCAUUACUUCUGCAAAGGUUGCUGGACAGAUAAUGGAUAAUGCCAUGAGAAUUGCUGAUGCAAGUUCAUGUCGCCCAAGUGAUCUUGGCAAAGAUCUUAUGGCUACUGCCCAACCAACAACUAGCAAAAAAUGCAAAUCUCCAAUCACAAUGAAUAAUGCUGUCAAGCCUGUUAUGAAAAAUACCCUUCGUGAAGAUUCAAAGGGUACUGCAAUCGACCAUCCCUCUCUGGAUGUCAACUUAGGGAAGCAGCAACGUUCUGAUGGUCAUGUGAACCAAGAGCUGAGGGAUAAGGAUAAUUUUAAUCACUCAAAUUCUUCAGCCUUUUCAAGGUAUGGUAAUAAAAGAAUAGAGCCGUCAGCUAAGCAACUGUCUCUUCCCUCCGUCCACUUAACUUAUCAAGAAUCUGUUAAUGACAAGAAUGUUCAAUCUAGUGGGGUUUUGCCCUCACAUGAACAUCAUACAUGCAAGAUUACAAUGCAAGCUCAGGCUCCUUUGGACAGUUGCACAGAGGGUCCUGCCAUUCCGUCUUCAACCAGUGCAAGAGAAGAUGCUGGCACAAGCAGUUCCUCCCCUAGAAAGGACAAUUUCGGUCAUCCUCCAUAUGGCUUUAUACCUGUUCCAAUUCCUGUUGGUGCUGCUAUACCGUACCACUACAGUGCAAUUAUGCCGCCGAUAUACUACACACAACCUCCUUUUAUGCAAUGUGAUCCAUCUGGCAUCAACCAGAUGGGAAUUCAGCAUGCAUAUCAUUCUAGUUACCAUCAAAAUCUUAGUAAACCGUCAGAGAUUGAUGAACACAGACAGCUAGAAGAAAAUCAGCGGUUGCAUCAUUCAAGACAAAUUCUCCAAGAAUCAGGAGAACCUAUUGACUUGUUGAGAGCUCAUGCAGAGCACAAUAACCAGAGUGCUAGUUGUAGCCAGGAUAUCCGUGGAUGGACUGUGAGCGGUGAAACUGAUACAAACACCAACACAGUAAUUGCCCCAGAAAGCGGCAACGAGAGUGGCAUCCAGAACUUUGGUUACAACGGAUUGGAUAGUGACCGGUCUCGUCGUGAAGCUGCCUUAAUGAAAUUCCGCAUGAAAAGGAAAGAUAGAUGCUUCGAGAAGAAGGUGAGAUAUCACAGCAGGAAGAAGCUUGCAGAGCAAAGACCAAGAAUCAAAGGGCAGUUUGUGAGCCAAAAACUCAAGUCAGCUACAACAACAGAAGAUGCGGAAACUGACUAGUGAUGUUGUUGUUAAUCCAUGACUGUACUUUUGAUACCUCCCUUCCCAGGUGAGGGAGAGAAAUUUAAAGUAACUGGUAAGAGUGAAAGGCUGGCAAAAGUUUUCCUUCCAGGGUUAGCCUUUUGUACAAGUGUUGUUCAGUGUACUCCUUUGUCGGUUGUUUAUUCACAUCGUUUGUGCCUGUAAAGAGUGUCGAAUUGAAAAUGCUCAGGGGAAAUAGGAAAUCAAUGCAGAUAUUCAGAUUUUCUUUACUUA